CACGCUGAAUGGUUACACAGAGAGGAAACAAUAAAUCUCAGCUACUAUGCAAUAAAUAUCUCAAGUUUUAACUAAGGAAACUAUCAUUACAGUGAAAUAAAAAAAAUAACACUUUAGAACAAAGCUAACAAAUGGCUAGUUUUCUCUGAUUCUUCUUCAAAAGCUUUCUUUGAAAGGGGAAAAAGUCAAACAAACAAGCAGUUUUACCUGAAAUAAAGAACUAAUUUAAAGGUCAGAAGAAAGGAGCAAAUUUUGCGAGAAGCACGGAGAGAGUUCUGGCAAUACAAUGACAGUUUUUCUUUCCUUUGCUUUCCUCGCUGCCAUUCUGACUCACAUAGGGUGCAGCAACCAGCGCCGAAAUCCAGAAAACGGUGGGAGAAGAUAUAACCGGAUUCAACAUGGGCAGUGUGCCUACACUUUCAUUCUUCCAGAACACGACGGGAAUUGUCGUGAGAGUACGACAGACCAGUACAACACAAACGCUCUGCAGAGAGAUGCUCCACACGUGGAACCGGAUUUCUCUUCCCAGAAACUUCAACAUCUGGAGCAUGUGAUGGAAAAUUAUACUCAGUGGCUGCAAAAAAUUGAGAAUUACAUUGUGGAAAAUAUGAAGUCAGAGAUGGCCCAGAUACAGCAGAAUGCAGUUCAGAACCACACGGCUACCAUGCUCGAGAUAGGGACCAGCCUCCUCUCUCAGACUGCAGAGCAGACCCGGAAGCUGACAGAUGUUGAGACUCAGGUACUAAAUCAAACUUCUCGACUUGAAAUACAACUGCUAGAGAAUUCGUUAUCAACAUACAAGCUAGAGAAACAACUUCUUCAACAGACAAAUGAAAUCCUAAAAAUUCAUGAGAAAAACAGUUUAUUAGAACAUAAAAUCUUAGAAAUGGAGGGAAAGCACAAAGAAGAGUUGGACACGUUAAAGGAAGAGAAAGAGAAUCUUCAAGGCCUGGUUACUCGUCAAACACAUAUAAUCCAGGAACUGGAGAGACAGCUGAACAGAGCCACGACCAACAGCAGUGUCCUUCAGAAGCAGCAGCUGGAGCUGAUGGACACAGUGCGUAACCUCGUCAGCCUUUGCACUAAAGAAGUUUUACUAAAGGGAGGAAAAAAAGAGGAAGAAAAACCAUUUAGAGACUGUGCAGAUGUAUACCAAGCUGGUUUUAAUAAAAGUGGAAUCUACACUAUUUAUAUUAAUAAUAUGCCAGAACCCAAGAAGGUAUUUUGCAAUAUGGACCUUAAUGGGGGAGGUUGGACUAUUGUGCAACAUCGUGAAGAUGGAAGUCUGGAUUUCCAAAGAGGUUGGAAAGAAUAUAAAAUGGGUUUUGGAAAUCCCUCUGGUGAAUAUUGGCUGGGGAACGAGUUUAUUUUUGCCAUAACCAGUCAGAGGCAGUACACACUAAGAAUUGAAUUAAUGGACUGGGAAGGCAACCGAGCCUAUUCACAAUAUGACAGAUUCCACAUAGGAAAUGAAAAACAAAACUACAGGUUGUAUUUAAAAGGACAUACUGGGACAGCAGGAAAACAGAGCAGCCUGAUCUUACAUGGGGCUGAUUUCAGCACGAAAGAUGCUGAUAAUGACAACUGCAUGUGCAAAUGUGCCCUCAUGCUAACAGGAGGCUGGUGGUUUGAUGCCUGUGGUCCAUCCAAUCUAAAUGGAAUGUUCUAUACUGCGGGACAAAAUCAUGGAAAACUGAAUGGGAUAAAGUGGCACUACUUCAAGGGGCCAAGUUACUCCUUACGUUCCACUACAAUGAUGAUUCGACCUUUGGACUUUUAAAGGCACCAUGUCAGAAGCAAUAAUCAAAGCAACAAAGAAAUCUGGAAGAGUUACCAGAUAAGAAACUGCUUGAAGACUUUGGAAGCAAGCAAUAUUGUCUCCCUUCCAGCAACAAAUGGCAGUUAUGUGAACUCACCAAGGUUCUUGACUGGAUUUGGAGCCGUUUGAGUUCACAGAAGUCCCUACUUGGGGUUACCAUGUUUAUUUGGCAUGACUAUAGAGAAUGCCACUCACUGUUACACCUUAAAAAGGGAAGAAACUGCUCAGCUUGCUGUGCUUUAAAGUACUACUGGAUCUUGUUUUAGAACUAUGGUAGCCAGAUGAUAAAUAUGGUUUAUUGCAGGUAAAACCAAAAGAAGAAGAAGAAGGAGAAAAUGAAUCAAAAAGAAAAGAAAAAGAAUAUACACAAAGAAUGGAAACAGGCCUGCCAUAAUCCUUAGGAAAAGAUGUAUCACACCAGUGAAAUGGUGUUUUUCUAUGCAAACCUACUAACAAUAAGUUUAUACCAUUGUACAAUUUUAAUAAAGUUCAGGAAAAACAGCCCUCUGAAUUGGUUAUAUGUUAAUGGAUUUCAGAAGCCUAGUUCCUCAUUUGUACUUAAUGGUUGAUUUCAGUUAACCCAUCUUCAAAUGUAAAUUCCACUUUGGUAAACCAUAGCAAAUUGUAGUGCAUGAAGAAUAACAGUGUGAGAUAUGCCCCAUUGCUCUUUGAUUUCUUGACACAUUUUCAGGAAAAAAAGUGGACAUAAUUAAGUAUAGACAUAUGAAGUGAAAAAUUUAGCCCCCAAUGCUAUAGUUUUCAUUUACUUUAAAAACUGAUACAUAUUUAUAGCCCAAGUAAACUUUAAAGAAUGUGAAAUAUAUCAUCAAACUCUUAAAAUAGUAUACAUGCACUUAAUAUUUCAUUUGAUAUUAUACAUGAAAGCAGUAUUUUAGAGUGUAUUAAGUUGAAGUAAAACGAAGUAAACUGGAACAGUUCAUUUUACAGUAUCUUCUUGUAUGUGUACACCUAAGUGUAACUUCAUUAUUUUUAAAAUAACGAUCUUGCAGUUCUUCACCCUGCUAUUUUGUGCUAAUUUAAUUUUUACUAAUCAACUGAAACAUGCUUCCCAGAUUCACUCUGUUCCAGUUUCUAUAAAAAGAUACACUUUGAAGUCUAUGAAAAAUAAAAGAAUUAUAAAUAUUAAUUUACAUAGCAUGUUUAUAUCCACGGUAAACCCAAUAGUUGUUUAAUCUGGAAUAUGCAACAUUGUCCUUAGUUGAUGCAAAUAAACGUAAGUUUUCCAAGCAAUCUACUAAACUACUUUAUGAAGUACAUUAUUUCUUAAUUUUUUUCUCUCUCCAGCUCUGUUUCCUUAGGCAAUUUCUGUUUUUUAAAAAUUAUUAUUAGUGGGGAAAAUUGGCAAACUUUGUAUUAUACAUGAAGGAAACACACAAAAAGGAAAAAUAAUCAUAGUCACCUGACUAAGAGAAUUCUGACUGCUAGCUUUUACAAAUCUCUUAUUCCUAUGGGAUAAUCUAUUUCAAGUAAAUUUGGGAGCACAGAUUUCUGUGGCAAUUUAAAUUUACUAAAGUAAAUUUCUUUCUAAGUCUUCAAGAUUACAAUAAUGAAGUUUUAAUAAAAACAUGAGUUACUGUGAGAUAAGAAAAUUGGAAUACCUAUUAAGCAUUUUUUUUUUAAGUUUUUUUCAAGGCAACAGAUCAAUUUUAGGCCUGGUGACUUGAUCUGUUUUGCCUUCUUGGCUUUCCUCCAUUUGAGAGAAUAAAGCUAUUCCAUUUUUAAGAAAAUAAUUUGUAAAGUUUGCCAUGAAGUCUUUUUAUUUAUGCAUCUGUAUGCAACCCUAUUUUGCCUCACAAGUGAUAUUUGCAGGUAUUGCACAGUUUUCCUGUUCCUGGUGACCCCUUCAUAACACCCUUCCUCUAAGGUCCCUCUCAAUUAUUUUCAUUUAAGUGAAAGUACGUGUUUUGUUCUUUUGUGUUCCUACAAAUAACUUUUACCAAACUUUUGAUAAGAAGUACUAUUUCCCAACCCAUAGUACAAAAAUAAAAUGAAAUAAUGAAAAACAACAACAAAAAGCAUGAUAUUUGCUGUUUGUAUCUGGAUUUGUAAAGUGAAACAUUGUUUCCAUUUAUUUAUAAUAAAGCAGUAUAAAUGUUUUAUGACUAUUAUAUGCAUUGUGUAAUGCCUACAUGUGUGUGGCCAUUUAACUUGUAUAUCCUUUGCAUUUAAUUAUUUCAGGAUAAGAUAACUAGGUAAUAGGAUUUUGUCUUUAAAUUUUUAUUUCAAUAAAAUUCAUGUGGUUUCUAUGCAAAUUUCUUCAUCAAUGACAGCUUUAUUUGAUUUAAAUAAAAUUGAA